AUGGUGUCAAAUGAGGUAAAUCAUCAAAGUCCGGCCACCGUGGCCGCUAAACCAGCCGCUUCAGCAAAUUCCACCAAUUCAACCAACGACCCUCAAACGUCUCCUCAGAGCCAAAAUGCCAGCCGAAGCACGCAAGACGAUGCCAUGGUCUCGUACGUAUUUCAAAGGCCCAAUGACGCCGAGUAUCAACCCUACCCCAAAUCGUCUCGAUGGUUCGGCAAUGAAGAUGCCAAUCUAAUAGAUAGUAAUGGAGCUCCUGACACACAAGAGCUGGAGGCAGGCUUUAACGCACUCUCAAUUGAACCGGAAGGCUUUGCGUCCACAAAGAAGAUCUGGGGCGUGGAGGACAAACACGUCGACGAUGCUAAGCCUCUCUUUAUCAGCGAUUCGCACCAGUGGGGGCGUGACUCCACCUGGAGCUCGGCACCUGGGUCAGGCAAUGCUACGAAUGAAAACGGCGGUCUCUCAGAUCACGCCGUCUCACAGCCCAUUAUGGUUAAGCGUGGAAAUGCCAACAACAGCAACUACAGCGCUGAUGGAGUUCUACUGUCACCUCGUUCAAAUGACACCGGCUUCAUUGGCAUGAAAAUGGCCGAGUCUCUGCUAAACAACUCACCUUCUUCAAAGGAAAAUCUCGAAUCUCGAUUGCACUCGAGGUUGUUGCGCGAUCACGACAAGGUUUCACAGAGCACACGAGGCGGAAAGGUGGAAAAGGACACGCCCAACUCAUCGCACCCAACAACAAAUGGCGCCACUAACGGAUUUGGGCCGAAUGAAGAUGGCAUUGAUCCUACUAAAAUUUUCAACCGAGCCCCGGGAAUUCCGCAUCAAAUUGACGAAAGUGCUCCUAUAAUCAGCAACAACAAAACAUCAGUAAUUGAUGGCAUGAUAAUGCCUGGUCACCCGCCGCCAUUCUCCGACUUCAACUCUGAUCAGCUAACUUCUGGAGCAAUAUCCGCCAUCGACGCACUACCACCGUUUGGCAAUAGUGACUACGUCAAUCACCUAUUGCCCUCUGCAAAUGACUCUCCCAACUUGAUGGAGGCCUACACCAACAACCUCUACCAACAACAGCAGCGUGCGGCAGCCUCUGGACCCAACUCUGCUGGUCAGCAGGCUGCGAACAAUCAGCUUUCUCUGCUGGCCAGCCAGCAGCAGCAGCAGCAGCACCUGAGCAUGACUGCUCAGCAGAAUCUUCCACCCAAUGGUGCUGCCCCUGCCCUCGGCCAUCCAAAUGCACCCCCAGCGGGCAACACCAACAUCUUCCCAGCUGCCACCCAAAGCGCUCCAAACCACUACUUUUCCGAUCCCUUCAUGAGUCACAUGCUUGCCACAGGUGCGCCUGGGCCUGCUGCCAUGGCAAUGGCUUCGCAGUACUACGGCUUUCCACCCUGGAACAUGUACCCCGGACUGAUGCCGAACGCCACCACGGCUGGAGGGCAGCUUCCCAACCAGUCUGGCCACCCGCCGUCGAUGCAGCAGGUUCGAGGGGGAAACAACCCUCAAAACUCCUCCGGUCGGCCAAUGUCGCCCACGGGUGGCAAUGACCACAACUCGGCUAGCUCGCAAGCACUGGCUGCCAUACAAGCACAAGCCGCCGCCGCACAGGCUGGCCAGACGGGAUUCCCAAUGAUUCCAAUGCCUGGCGCACCCUCUGGCUUCUACGCCGACCAGAACAGUCUUUCCGCCCUGGCUGCUGCUGGCCGGGGAAUGCCUCCCUCGGCGAUGCACCGGAUGAUGCCGCCGCAGAUGAACAUGCUACAGAACCCGGCGGCGGCAAUCGGCAGCGGCAACUUGCGAAUGCUGCAGAAUGCCGCCAACCAAGCUGCUGGCCCCUCACACACCCAAGCCAAUCCGCUCUUUGCAGGCAAUGGGCCCAACAAUGCCAACGCCAACGCAAUGUACACUUCGGGAAACUCUGCUCUGGGGUACAACAACAUGCCAUCGGGUAUCUUCUCAGCCAACGGCCAUCCCACAGGGCCUCAAGCACUUGGCCCACAGCAAAUGGGUUUCCACAAUCCAGCUCUCGGUCCAAUUGGCGCUUCGCUUCAGUCGGGAAUGGCGAACAACGCCCUCGGAGGAACAAACUCUCCUCGUCGUGACUCGAUGGAUGGUCGAAACGCAAGUGCCGUCGGCCUUGGCGGUGUCUUCCCCAACAUGAUCAACGAAAGCAACAUGAACGCCUUCUCCCGACAUAUGGCUGCCAGUACGCUGAACAAUGCUGUCUCGGGAAAGCCUGGACUGAACAACAACCUGGCGAACGCACAGUUUUACGGCAUGGGAAUCAACUCACCCGGGCCGAUGGGCAUGGCAGGCAUGACAGGGCAAAGCAUGACACCGCCCCCGAUGAACUCCAUGGAAGCUUCCAUGAAUGGGUUUGCCAAUGCACUGACUGGGCCUAACAACUCGCUGUACAUGAAUGGAAUGCGCCUAAUGAAUCCUGGCUCGGAGGGCAAGUACAUGGCUCGCAAUGGCAUCAUCAGCCAGAAUGCCGCUUUUGCCGCCGGCAUAGGCAACUUUGGCACUGCCUCCUCCCAAGUAAUGAACAAUCAAGCUGGCAUGCACUUUAAUCAUCCCAAUGGCAUGCAACAGGUGAACAACCAAACGAGCAACAACUACUCCAGCAAUAGCAGCAAUCGCACUAGCACGCAACGAACACGAUCUGUUGAGAAAAAUGUGGGUCGCUCUACUUUGCUGGAAGACUUUCGAAACUCCCGUCUGCCCAAUCUGGCUUUGCGAGACUUGACCGACCACAUUGUUGAGUUCUCUCAAGAUCAACACGGCUCUCGCUUCAUUCAACAAAAGCUGGAACGUGCUAGUGACGAUGAAAAGCAGCUGGUGUUUAAUGAGAUAAUCACCCAAGCUUACCAACUAAUGACUGACGUUUUUGGCAAUUAUGUCAUUCAGAAGUUUUUCGAGUUUGGCACGGCUCCACAGAAGCAAGCUUUAGCGCAAACCAUUCGAGGAAACGUACUCAACCUGGCGCUGCAAAUGUACGGCUGCAGGGUGAUUCAGAAGGCGCUCGAAUCGAUUCCCUCAGACCAGCAAAAGGAAAUUGUGAAGGAACUGGAUGGCCACGUCUUGAAGUGCGUGAAAGAUCAGAAUGGCAACCACGUGGUGCAAAAGUGCAUCGAGUGCAUUGAGCCGGCUGCCCUACAGUUUAUCAUUAGUGCUUUUCAAGGACAGGUGCUCUCGCUUUCCACCCAUCCUUAUGGCUGUCGAGUGAUACAGCGCAUUUUGGAGCACUGCAAUCCUGAGCAGACAUCGUGCAUCCUAUCGGAGCUGCAUGUCAACACUGAGCAGCUCGUUCAAGAUCAGUACGGUAACUAUGUAGUUCAGCAUGUGCUAGAGCAUGGACGGCCAGAGGACAAGAGCAAGAUCAUCCUGAUGGUUCGCGGGAAGGUGUUGAACUUGUCACAGCACAAGUUUGCUAGCAACGUGGUUGAACGGUGCAUUACACAGGCAAUGCGCUCUGAACGAGCCGUACUCAUUGAUGAAGUGUGCAAUUAUAAUGACAAUGCACUUUACACGAUGAUGAAAGAUCAGUAUGCCAAUUACGUUGUUCAGAAGAUGAUUGAAGUGGCCGACUCUCAGCAAAGAAAGACGCUUCUACUGCGCAUCCGACCUCACAUGAACUCUCUACGACGCUUCACUUACGGGAAGCACAUCUUAGCGAAGCUGGAAAAGUACAUGAACACCAGCUCUAAAUCAGCCAGCUCUGCAUCAGCGACAGCGGCGAAUGUUUCGGUGGUCAGUAAUGGCGGAAACAGUCCAGUCGCCGCAUCAGUGUCUCCCAGUGAUUCCAGUGCUCUCGCCGCUACUGUUGCAGCCACCGUCGGUGUUAAUACGCUGACUUCAGCAAGCAACGGCACUGUCGUCGUGAAUGGAGCCGUGCCCACCACUAACGGCACCAGUCCCAUUCAAGUGAAUGGCGCCAAUGGACAGGUGGUGAUUGGCGAAGAAGUCAACUAG